AUGUUAGGUGCUAAAAGCAUUAUUGCUGUUGUGGCUAUAGCUUCUGCAAUAGUCACAGGAGUAGUUGUUAUAGUUGUUGUUGUCACACUUUCUGUGGUUUUAACAAGAAGUAGUGUUAAAGACACCAACGCUAUUUAUCUUUCUGAUGUUAUUACUAACGACCCACAAAUGACAAACGAAAUGGAUACAUUAGAAGUUAUUUCUUCUUCAAAAUUUAGUGGAACAAAACCAAAAGAAUGGACUAUGAAAUAUACAAAAUAUCCUUAUUGGAGAUGUGGACUUACAUUUACUAAUGAUGAAAAACAAAACAUUGUUAAUGAAAAUAAGGAAUAUAUGACUUCAUUAUUACAACUUAUUAAUAACGGAUCAUUAGGAAGAAUGCCCGAAAAAUAUGGUGGAGAUAAACAAUUUGAAGCUGAUGGAGUUAAUUGGGAAGCUGAUAGAUUAGAAGUUAGAUAUGGUCUUUUUGGUAGAGUUUUUGGUCAAAGAGCUGUUGCAUGGGCUUUUCCAGGAGAAAUAGUUACAAUUAAAUUCCCUAAAGGAAUGAGUUAUAAGGGAAUUCAGGUUAGUAUUGGUAAGUGUAACCACAAUCCUUCUGAUCAAUGGUUAAAUGUUAAUAAUUGGUCAAAUGAUAGAAUGCCAAUCGAUUCAAUUGGAUUUGAUUUAGGACUUAAUACAACGGAACCAUACAUUAUUAAUGAUACAUUUAAAAUAGGAUCACCAUUUGGAGGUAUGAUUUAUUUAAGAUCUGAUACAACAUUUACAAAUUCAUUUUAUGUCACAUUCAGUAAUGUUGGAAGAGCUCCAAUUAUUAAUUAUAAUAUUACAACUAAUGAAGAGUGGAAUAGUGUUUUAAGAAAUGCACCAGGAAAUGUUGCAGAAAUAAGAACACCAGGAAAUAGACUUGUAUUUACUUCAAGAAAUAUUAGAAGUUUGGAAGAUGCACAAUAUAUUAGUGAUUUCUGGUUAAAAGCAAUUAGUAUUUCUAAUUAUGCUGUUACACUUGAAAAUAUUCCAAUUACAUUAAACUUCGAUCAAAGAGUUGAUGCAGGAGCUGCUGUUGCAUAUGUAGGACGUUGGUUUACUCAAAAUCCAUCCGAUUGGGCAUCUGGAUGUGUUGGUAAAGAUGGAUUAAUAAAUUAUGGAAAUUGGGGACCAUUACAUGAAAUGAAUCAUCAUAUGCAAGGAACCUUUUUAAGAGGAGGAAAUUGGGGUAUUAAUAAUCCAGGAGAAGAAACUAAUAAUGUUAUGACAUCAAUUAAUUAUAUUUUGUAUACAAAUAUUGCUGGAAAUAGAAACCAAGGACUUAGUGGUUGGAAUUAUGUUUCUGAUGGUUAUUCUACAAUUUAUAAAAUUCUUAAAGGUGAAAAUGACCAACCUCAUUUAAGGUCUUAUGUUAAUAUGGCACAUGCAUUUGGAACAGACACUUUAAUUGCUUUAGUUAAAUCUUAUUAUGGAUUAUGGUAUGAAAAUAAUUUUGAAAGUAAGUAUUCAAUUAAAAGAGAUUCAACUUCUGCUUUCUGUUUGUUAGCUGCAUUAGUUACAAAAAGAGAUACUAGAUACUUAUGUUCUCUAUUUAAAUACGACAUACAAUCAAAUGUUUCAGAAGCAAUUAAAAACAUGAAUUAUCCAACUUAUUAUCCAUUCUUUAACCUUUAUGCUAUGAGUUAUAAUGGAAAUUACUAUGGAAGACCCUAUAAAAUUCCAUAUGGUAAAACUAGAUUGAAUUUCACUGCAACUACUGCUAUAGAUCCAAAAGCAACUAGUGUUAGUUAUACUAUUAAAUCUGGAUUAACUAAAGGAAAAUUAGAAAAAGUUGAAGACAAUGUUUAUGAUUAUACACCAUUCUUUGGAAUAGAAGAAAAUGAUACUUUUGUUUUAAGUAUUGAUUGUGUUGUUAAUGGAGAAAAGGUACAUAUCGAACAAGAAGGAACAUUUGAAUUAGAUCCACAUCAAUUAGUAUAUGAAGUUUAUAAAGAUGUUCAAACAAGAGAUAUGGCACAAGCUCUCAAUAUUAUUCAGAAUAGAACUGCUAACGAUACAGGAAGAGCUUCAUUCUUUGGAAUUGGAACAUACAAUGAUGGAUCAAUGCAAUCAAUGUUGGUAGAAAAAGGUAAAUUUAUUGUUCCAAAAUCUGGAUAUUAUACAUUGUUUAUGAAAGCAGAUGAUUUAGGAAGAUUGUUAUUGAAUGUUACUGGAGAGUAUGAACAAUUAUUAGAUGUUAAAACAUAUCUUGGAGGUUAUUCAAAAACUCUUAAUGGAAGUUAUGCAACCGUAAAAUUGGAAAAAGAUAUUGAAUAUCCAUUUAUUCUUUACAAUUUGAAUACUGGAGGACAAGGAUUUAUUAGAAUAGGAUAUUGUUAUCAUGGAACAGAAGAAUCCAGUGUUGAUGUUUCUAAAUGUGGUGUCUCAGAUGUUGGAAGCUCUAUGGUCCUUAAUGAAAAAGUUAAAACAGGAGCAAAAGAACGAGAAUUCCAAAUUCCACCAAUUAAGUACAGUAGACCAACACGUUUCUUAACUAAUGCAUAUAGAACUAUUCCAAAAUGUUUGAAUGGUGAUGACUCUUGUUCUAUUAAAUGUGUCUCAUUACCACUUAAACAUGAUGAUACAAGUAAAUGUUCUAAUAUGUUUGAUGAUAAUUUUUCUACUAUGUAUCAUUCAAGAUGGACUGGACAAGGAACUACUUUCCCAGUUAAUUAUACAUUUGAGUUCCCAGAAAAUGUAACAUUUAAUAAUCUUUAUGUUCAUCAUAGAAGACCUGAAGAUUCAUGGGGAUACUUUGAAAUGUUUGUUAAAUCUCCAGAAACUGGAGAAAUGGAGUUAUUAGAAAAGUAUAAGCAUCCAAAGUCUACUACAACAGAAAUUGAUUUCCAAAAAUUAGUUACAACUGAUCGUGUCCAAUUUAUUGUCUACAAUAAUUCAAAUGGUGGAAAUUAUGUCAAUGUUGUAGAAUUGUCUUUCAAUAUUAAGGAAACCUUUAAGAAUUAUACAAAUUCAUUUGGACCAAAGAUUAAAAAUACUGGAUUUAAGAAAGUUACUACACCAGGUGCUUCAGGAGGAUAUCUUGCAGUAAAUGAAAAAGAAGGUGAAGGAUCACUUUGCUUCAAAGCUAAAGUCACUAAAUUUGGUCUUUAUGGAUAUAGAAAAACAACAUCUGGAAAGUUUAGAGUUACAAUUGACUCACAACCAGGUCAAGUUGCUAGCCAAAGUUAUUUCUCUGACUCUGAAAGAACUUUAUUCUAUGCUCAUACUUUUGAUGAAACUGAAGCAAACAAAGUUCAUAACAUCUGUAUGGAAGUUGUUGAAGGAACAGUUAAUCUUGAUAUUAUUGGUUCUUCUUAA